GGCAAACAACGCAACCUGGACCCACGCGGAUACCUGGGAUCUCGCCAAGUUGGCUAACGAAGAGACAAUGGCCGAUGUCAAUUCUCUGGCGAGCUUCUCGGAUGAAUUGACGAAGAAUCCAAGCAGUGUCCGGAAGCUGAGGCUCUUGGGCCAGUUGCCUCAGAAGAUCUGUCGCCUGAUGGGUAUUCCGGCCAGUCACACUUACGAUGAGAGCGCCUGGCAAAAAGGCUUGGACGACAAGUUAUUCGAACGGGAUUACCCUUGUUACUCGAAAAUCGACAUGAUUUGUCGGCAAAUUCAGCUCUCCCGGAGGGUAUCGCCACAUGCCUAUGCCCGUGAUCGACGAGGCCCGUGCAACGUUGGUGAGACUCUUCGUCUUUUGGGGGAACACCCGGUGAUCAGGCAACAAUCCAAAUUCAUGGAAAUGCCCGAGUUUGUCCAUUUGAGCCAGAAGGUCCAGGAGAUUGAGGGUGGGGAUUGAAGCUGGUCUAAGGCCACGCGAGAAAGACCAUUGUUCGGACAGUGAACAGUCAGUUUCUCGUACAGGCGAUGCGGAAGGUUCGUGCCAUCGACUGUUGGGGCAGGCAGGUCAAAGAGGACAGUAGGGAGUUUCGGCAGACUCAGUCUUGUCUAAGAAUCGGGCAUUGUUUUCAGUUUUUGUCGUUUUAAGUCACAUACCAUAGUAUGUCGACCUCGGUUUCGCUUAUGCUUAGAUCGCAACCAGUACAUC